AUGGAAGCUUAAAAUGCCAUCAAAUUGAUUAAAGAGCUAAAAACUAACAAAUUUUUACCUAAAUUCAAUGUAUUUACAUCUGUGUUUGAACUUAUAUCAUAGGACCCUUUAGUUUUAGAAGUUUGCACUGAAAUAACUAAUUAAAUGGACAGAAUUAACUAAGUUCUUUCGUAAUAAUAGCAUUUGUAUUUAUAAAUUGCAUAUAGAGAUCCUGAAUUUGACAGAGAAUAGCAGUAAGAAACAACUAAAUUGAUCGUAGAAAAUUAGAACAUGCAAAGAAACAUAAGAUGUUUACUUGCCUACUUAAAUACAAGAGCCGAUAGACUUCAUAGAUUAGCUUGGGAAAGUGGGAAAGCCAUGCCUGAACACAUUAAGGAUAAGUUAACUCCUGCAGAGAUAACAUACUAUUAGAAAUAUCUAGAGAAUAUUGAUCAAUACAACAAGUCAUUGUCACUGGAUAAUAACAUUGAUUUAACCGUAGACUUAACUCCUCCAAAGGAGCUGUUUAUUGAAGUCAGAAUAAAGAAGGAUUAUGGAACAAUUAUGCUACCAGAGAGUGGCUAAGUGAAUUUAUAGAGAAAUACGACACAUUUACUUAGAAGAAGCGAAGUCGAUCAUCUAAUUAAAUAGGGCAUUGUGGCUGAGGUUGUAUGA